AGAAUUGGAGGAGAAAGAGGAGGAGGGCGGAACAACAGUUCGCACAGCUUGAGCAGCGUCAAGUUGUGACACGAUCGAAACGAUGACGACGACAAGAACAAAAGGAAAUGCUUGUGAAGUUUUUUCCUUGGCUCGAGGAAAAAAUGGCAACUUGGAGUCGGAGGAGCUUGGACAUUUUCUUGAGAGGAUCACCUGGUUCGUGUGCUCCUCGUAUUUUUCUGCUGGCACUUCCGGAUGAUGUCGAUUUGUCAUCGCCUCUGGAACAUCUAAACUGAUCUUUGGAGAAACACGUCGAUCCUUUCUUACCACUAAUCUAAAGCCAUUACUUCACGAUAGAGCUCCGGUGGGAGAGCCCCGCCGAAGAGGAGAGUCGAGAUGGAGUACUUCCCCGCGCCUGGCAGGAAUCAUCUCUUCGUUCCAGGGCCGACCAAUGUCCCCGAGAAGGUAAUUCAAGCAUUUAGUAGGGGGAACGAGGAUCAUCGCUCUCCAGCGUUUGCUACGCUCUCCAAAUCCGUGCUGGACGGUGUCAAGGAUCUGUUUAAGACCAAGACUGCCACUUCGUUCAUCUUUCCAACAACAGGAACUGGAGCUUGGGAGAGUGCACUGACCAACACAUUAUCACCUGGAGAUAAGAUUGUCUCGUUCCGUCUGGGACAGUUUAGCCUGCUCUGGAUCGAUCAAAUGCAGCGCCUCAAGUUUAACGUGGACGUAGUGGACUGCGAGUGGGGAGCUGGAGCCGACCUUAACAUCCUCAACGCUAAGUUGGCCAUGGAUUAUAAUCACGAGAUCAAAGCUAUAUGUAUCGUCCACAAUGAAACUUCUACCGGAGUUACCAAUAGCAUCCCAUCGAUACGAGCACUCCUCGAUAAGCAUAAGCAUCCGGCAUUGCUGCUGGUGGACGGAGUUUCAUCGAUUGGAGCAAUCGAGUUUAAGAUGGACGAGUGGGGAGUGGACGUUGCCUUGACGGGGUCCCAAAAGGCUCUGGGACUUCCAACGGGAUUGGGAAUAGUUUGUGCCGGACCAAAAGCUCUCGAGGCAGCCAAGACGGCCACCUCUCCCCGAGUGUUCUUCGACUGGGCCGACUACCUCAAGUUUUACAAGCUCGGCUCCUACUGGCCUUACACUCCCUCGAGCCAGAUGCUCUACGCUCUUCGAGCCUCUCUCGACUUGAUCUUCGAGGAGGGCCUGGACAACGUUAUCAAGAGGCACGCCAGGCUUGGAGAAGCCACAAGGCUAGCGGUGGCAGCGUGGGGACUGAAGCUGUGCACUAAACGUCCCGAGUGGAACAGUGACACCGUAACAGCAGUGGUGGUACCACCUUAUAUCAACAGCUUAGACGUGGUGAAGAUGGCAUGGAAAAAGUAUAACUUGAGCUUGGGAGUGGGACUCAACAAAGUGGCAGGCAAGGUUUUCAGGAUUGGGCACCUGGGUUUCGUAAACGAGUUGCAACUGCUGGGAGCCUUAAGUGGGGUGGAGAUGAUCCUCAAAGACAUUGGAUACCCGGUUGUGCUCGGAAGUGGAGUCGCCGCUGCUGCCGCUCACCUCCAGAAAAAGACCCCACUUAUCUCGUCCAGGUUGUGAAUGAACGAAAGUGAUUGUGGCAAAAGAAAAGAUCUUUCUAUUUAUUAUCUCUUCUUUGUUCUUCUUC